AUGGGUUUCAGUCGACUGAUCUCUGAGUCGUCUCUCGGCAAACAUGUUCGCAGUAUCCGCAACUCACCACCAGAGGUCAUCUACAACAGGAAACUUCUCGCAUCCGCUGCUCUCUAUGCUAUGUCGGGAUUAUGUAUCACAUGGGACCAAGGCUCCAGUUCAGUCGUGCCAUCUCUUCCAGGGUUUUCUCAAGCUUUCGGUAUCACAUCUGCCACAAACCCCAAGGAAGUUGCCAACUUCAUCUCGUUCGUCUACCUUACGGCCGGUGUUGGAUCAGGCCUCUCCUUUUUUAUCAACGAUAGAAUCGGACGCCUUUGGUCCCUGCGACUAUACUUUUGUAUCUGGAUCAUUGGACAGCUGAUUGCGACCUUCUCUAACGGAAACAAAAGUACUCUCUACGCUGCUCGGUUCGUGUCUGGUCUUGGAAUCGGUCCCCUGACCGUGACUGGCCCCAUGUCGAUUGUUGAAAUUGCACCCACCGAGAUUCGAGGGCUUCUCACAGUCUGGUUUAGCGUUGUGAUGUUGCUGAGCUUGACCGUCAGUACCUUGACGGUUUAUGCUUGUUUCUUACACCUCGAAGCCUCGCACUUUCAGUACCAAUUGGUUUGGUUUCUCCCUACUAUCAUCUGUGCGAUUAUCAUUGCCGCGAGCUUCUUCUACGUCUGCGAGUCUCCGAGGUGGCUGAUGCUGGUUGGCCGCAAAGAAGAAGCCAUAGAAACACUGGUUACUCUGCGAGGACUACCCGCCGAUCAUCCACGUGUUGCUGGGGAAAUCGUAGAUAUUGAGCAGCAGAUUCAAGCCGAGAAGUCUCACUAUGGCUCCAACGGUGGAUUCAAGGCCGUUCUACGAGAAACCUUCCUGGUACCCGCCAACCUUAGACGAGUUCAACAAUCUUUGAUAUCCUACUUAUUGGCUCAACUAUCGGGCGCCAAUUCUGUCACUAGCUAUCUGGUGCCGAUUCUAUCUCUCAUAGGGGUUAACAGUGCGAAUGGCAACAGUCUCUUUUUGUCCAGCAUGUACUCUUUGUCCAAGUUCUUCUACACCCUCAUCGCUUCUUUCUUCUUCAUUGAUGCGUUGGGUCGCCGAAAGUCGCUAUUCAUCGGAAUUGUCAUCCAGCUGAUCUCUGAUGUCUAUCUUGGUGUUUACAUCAAGGCCCAUAACGAAGGCUCGGUUGCACCCGGUGCUUCCACUGCAGCCAUUGCAGCCAUCUUCAUCCAUGGAUUUGGCUAUGCUGUUGGUCUUCUGGUGCUUCCAUACGUUUUUGGCGCGGAGCUUUGGCCCAAUAGCAUCCGCUCCUUUGGCUCUGCGCUCUCUCAGACUUUCCAUUGGCUUUUCUACUUUGGGCUUAAUCGAGCAACACCUUCAAUCCUCAGCAGUAUGGACAACUGGGGAGCGUUCCUAUUCUUUGCUGGCUGGUGUUUUAUCGCAUUGGUCUAUGUCUUUUUCGCUGUCCCAGAGACUGCCGGAUUGCCUCUCGAACGUACCGACGAACUUUUCGACUGCCCCUGGUGGCAAAUUCGCUCCAAGGCCAAGUCUCUCCAUGUUGGCGCAAUUUCUGGACAUCCCAUUGACGAAGAGAAUCCAGAUAGUGACUCUCACAAGGACCAGCAAAUUACAUUUAGAGGUAAGCAGGAGGAUAGCUAA